CCCCAAGCGCUGACCCCCCCGGUUCGGGUCCCCCCGGUUCGGGUCCCCCCGGUGCGGACGCGAUCGGCCGCGGCGGGGACCCCUCCGCUCGGGCUGCUCUACGAGCGACACGGGGAGCCCGCGGCCGUCGUGCAACUGAAGAGUCUGGAAGUGCCCAAGCUGGGGGACGGCGAUGUCCACAUCAAGAUGUUGGCAGCCCCCAUCAAUCCCGCCGACAUCAACAUGAUCCAAGGGACCUACCCCCUCCUGUCACCACUGCCAGCCGUGGGAGGGAACGAAGGUGUCGGGGAGGUGCUGGAGGUCGGGCGUUGUGUGACGGCUCUGAAACCUGGGGACUGGGUCAUCCCUGCGGACGCCGGCCUUGGGACGUGGCGGACGCAGGGGGUGUUCCCUGAGAAGAUGCUGCUGAAGGUGCCCAGUGAUCUCCCGCUGCUCUGUGCUGCCACUCUGAGCGUCAACCCCUGCACGGCGUUUCGUGUGCUGGCCGACUUUGAGAGCCUGGCACCUGGUGACUCCGUCAUCCAGAACGCUGCCAACAGCGGUGUGGGCCAGGCCGUCAUCCAGAUCGCCAGGGCCUCUGGCAUCAAGACCAUCAAUGUGGUGAGGGACAGACCUGAUCUCCCGAAGCUGGUGGAGAGGCUGAUGGCCCUGGGCGCUGACCACGUUGUCACAGAGGAGAUGCUGAGGAAGCCAGAGAUGAAAGAUAUAUUUAAGAGCAUCCCGAGGCCUCGGCUCGCCCUGAACUGCGUCGGAGGCAAAAGCACCACGGAGAUGCUGCGGCACCUGCAGCCCAAGGGGACCAUGGUCACCUACGGGGGGAUGGCAAAGCAGCCUGUGAUGGUGCCUGUGAGCGCCUUCAUCUUCCGGGACGUGCGGCUCCGCGGGUUCUGGAUGACGCAGUGGCGGAAGGAGCGCGCGCAGGACCAGCAGAGCGUGGCCGAGAUGAUGGAAGCCCUGUGCCAGCUCAUCCGCAGGGGCCAGCUCACGGCCCCGGCCUGCACCGAGGUCCCACUUCAGGACUACAGGGCAGCGCUGGAGGCCUCCAUGAAGCCCUUCGUGUCCUCCAAGCAGAUACUCCUCCUCUGACCUGCGGCUCCUGGAGCCCUGUCCUGUUCCACAGUCUUGUCCACAGAUUUGAGGGGGGAAAAGACCCUCCAGAUCCAUUUUAUUUUUUUUUUUCCUUUGUUUUUCACAUUUCAGGUGCCCACUGAAGGCUUUAAAAGCCUCCACAGCUUUCUGUGGAAGUGCUGCAGGAAGGAGGCUGCAUCUCACUGUGGCUGGGGGGAGUUAGGGAGCCCAAAUGAUGGCUCUCUCAGCUCAGGGUGUGAAAAGAGCAGCAGUUCCCCCUCAUAUGUGCUUUUGGGGCUGUCAGGGCUGUAGUUAUCCCAGCUGGAAUGUGGGAUGGUGAGGAAAGCCCAAGUCAUCUCCCUGCAGCCCCUCUGGCCCCAAGCCUGCUUCGAGUAGGGGGAGCAAGGGGCGCAGAAGAGGAUGCUGUGGUUGGUACUGCUGCAGCUCCUGGAGGAGCCCUGGGUCACCCCUGGCUGGGUUUUGCCAAGGGCACUGCAAGGGCCAGAGCCUUUGGCCAUCAGGGGCUGGAGCCAGACCCUCUGUCCCUGAGGGUCCCCCUGCCCGGGUGCGGGACAGUGACUGUGACUGCAGAGCAAUGUGAAAAGAUUUAUUAUUGAGAACAACCAACAACGUGUUCUUGCUUCCUCCUG